AUUGAAAUGGUCGUCCAAUAUGUUCAAUGAAGGCGUUCGCAAUUAACUUUUGUUUAUUGUGCUUAUUUGAGAACCAUAGUAAGAAUCUGACUUGCAGCAACUCAAUGCUUCGAAUGUUAUUCUAAUUUUAUAGGAUAACAUUUGAACAACUUUGAGUUUGCUACUUCCGUAUCACGUUGAGUUCUUUGGGACUUCUUCGGCGCGGUGCUUGCCUGUUUACUUGAUUAGCGCUUGUUCAAUUUGACUCCUAGGACGGCUUUAGUGGUAGCGCAACGUUAGUGAUCCUUGGCGUUAGACUGUCCUAUUUAUUUUCGAAAGAAUGGACGAACUGUUACAAGAAAGACACGAUUUAUCUAAGGAAUUAGUAUUGAAAAAUUGGAUGGAACAGGAAUACAUCGACGAAAUCAAUAGGCUCACAUUGGUUAUUACUGAAUUAAAAACCGAAAAGCCACCAGCAGUUUCAUGCUCUGGCGAUUGUGUUCCAUUGUUGUGCAGCUUAGAAACACGUGCUGAACAAGCAGAAGAAAAAGUAGCAUCGCUAACCAAGGAAGUUGAAUUGGCCAAAAAACGUGAAUCUGAUUUACAAGAACAGUUAAACAUUUAUACAACUAAAGUGGAUAGCUUUUUUGAGUGUGCGACCAAUGCUGGUGUGAAUGAUGAGUUAGGAGAUGAAAUUAACCGAUUGCAAAGCGAAUUAUCUGAUUUAAAAUCUUCUAGCCGUAUGGAGAAAUCAAAAUUAGAAUUGCAAAUUCAGGAGCUGGAAGGCGAUCGUCAACAUAUGGAAGAGUAUGCAAAUGAACUAAUUCGUCAAUUAAAGGAUUGUCGUUCAGAACUAAACGAUACCCGAGCUCAGUUUGAAGCACUUCAGAUUCAAGCCAAUUCUACAGAAUGUACACGUGGAAACUCUGUAUUUUCCGAGAUCGAAGAUAGACGCAUUCAGGCGGAAUGCCUAGUUGUUAAACUGCGCAAAGAGAUUUCUGAAUUAAAACUUAGUAUUUUCCAAAUGAAGGCAGAAAAUAAGCGUAAAUUCACUGAAACAGUGCAAAAACUGGAGUUAAGGCAUCGUAAUCAAGAUAAGAAAUUACUGCGCGAUGUGGAAGCUGAACAAGAACAUUUAAUUACAGAAAAUACAAAACUUAGUAAACUUGUUCAACUUUUAAAAGAUCUUCAGUUAGAUCAUGAACUUGGAGUCUUGAAAGUAGCAGAAGUACGUGGUAACUCUCAAGCUGCUAUUACUUCUCUCCUUGAAGAACGUGUCAAAGAUUUAAAGCGUGCUUAUGAAGAAUCUCAUGAAACCAUUACUAGACUCCGCCGGCGUUUGUUUGUUUCAGGCCAAAUUAGGCAAACGCUACAAGAUGAAUUGUGUUAUCGUGUUGAUCAAAUUGCUUCUUUGUCUUCAAAGUUGAAUGCACUUAAAAAAAUUGCUAAUUCGGCAAGAAAGUGUGAUUGUCAAAAUCAGUCUCACCAUCUGGAAACUGAAGAGAAGCAAUCUAGUUCAUCACUUGCAGACAAAAUCACUAAACUUGACUUGGACCGAAGUCCUAAUGAACUAGUUGCUGACGAAACCUUUUACAAUGGAGAAUUAUCUAAAACGGAGAACCCAGUGGAAUUACCACUCAAUUGUGAUGGUCACGAAUAUUCUGAUCAGAGUGUGACUUAUCCUGAAGAUAUGAAAAAGAAUAAUGUUUCUGUGGAGUGUCCUACUUCCUAAAACAAUUAGAACUGUCAUCUUUGUCUGUUUAGAUGAAUCCUUUCCAUCCAAUUGUAUUCUGUGGAAAAUUAUUUUAAUUAAAUUUUUUGUUUGUAGCAAUUCACUUGCAUUUACUGCAAAAGAUUGCUGUGACUCGAGAUACAAAGGAGUAGAUUUACUUUCAAAUUCAAUUGGUCACUGUAAUAUUGUUCUAAUAUUUUUUUGAUAUGGUUUCUUUGUUGUCUUUUUCCAUGUUCAUGCGAAUGUAGUUACCUUGUCAAAAUUAAGUAUUCAUGAGGUUGAUUUAUUAUGUCAUAUCGUAUCUGUGUUGAAAGAGCUACCGUACGACUGUUUUACGAAACAGUUUAGUCAGUCACUUUAUUUUCUGUUG